AUGGGCGUUUAUGUGAGAAUCCAACGAGAGAUUUCCUUCCCGCAAAAUGCGGUGUUUGUAGCUUCGAUGUGGCGGUUAGGGUUGCGAGGCGGUGGAGGUGGAGGUGAAUCGUACCCGGAGCGACCCGAUGAGCCGGACUGUAUCUACUACUUACGAACCGGUGUUUGCGUCGAGAUGUCGGUUCAAUCAACCUCAAAACCGUGCACCGGUAAUAAUUAUCUCUCUGUUUUCUACUUUCUGAUAAAGUCUUGGGAGGUCUCAGAACAGAAGGUGGUGUUCCUAAUAUCUAGUGGUACGGAGUUGAAGGAGAGUACAAAAGCUUUCUUUGAGAACCCUUCUCUCAUGCUUGCAGAUAAACUAAUUAACAGAGUUGAGUAUAUGCAUACUAGAGGUUUCAUUCACCUUGAGAUCAAUCCCGACAACUUUUUAAUCAGGUGCCAUCUCGGAGAACUGCUCUUGAACAUGAACUUGUUAUCAUUUCAUAUCCUGGACAGCAUAAUUAUGUGCUCUUUUAGGAAAACUGGGAGGGUGUAUAUCAUCGAUUUUGGAUUGGGGAAGAAAUACAGAGACCUUCAGACUCACAGGCACAUUCUGUACAAAGAAAACAAAAACCUCACAGGAACAGUUCGGUAUGCAAAAUGUGAACACCCACCUUGGAGUCAUUGGUUAUGUGCUCAUGUAUUUCCUCAAAGGAAGGGUUUAAAAGCCGGAACAAAGAAGCACAAGUAUGACAUAAUACGUGAGAAGAAAGUAGCAACUCCUGUAGAGGUCAUGUGUCUUAGUUUGUUCCGGUCUCUACGGUUUGAUGACAAGCCUGAUCACUCUUACCCGAAGAGGCUAUUACGCGACUUGUUUAUUCGAGAUGGUUAUCAGUUUGAUUAUGUAUUUGACUGGACAGUCCUCAAGUAUCCGCAAAUUUGUUCAAGUUCCAGUUCUAGUAGGGACACGGGUAAUAAUCUAUUCGCCUUACUCUUAAGUUUUCUCUCUGUAUUCAAGCGUAAAAGUGAUAAAAUCUUUCAUGUGUUCCAGAAUCAUACAGCUGUGGAACCCGGAAAUGAAAUACUCGAUAGGUUCUCAGGUGCAGUUGAGGCGAUAACUACUACACCGCGUGAAGGCUUGGGCAUCAAGAAACUCCGAUGA